GAGUCGAUCAUGGUCUUGUAUCCCUGUCUGUAUUAUCAGAAAAAAGAAGAAGAAGAAGAAGAAGAAUGGUGUCGUCGGAGACGAUUGAUCUGUUGAAGGAAGAGCUUCCGGUGGAGCAGGAAUCUCUGGUUGUGUCCGGAGACGUCAAGACCGGUCUGGUUAUCGUCGACGUCGUCAAUGGCUUCUGUACCGUCGGAGCUGGCAAUUUGGCUCCAACGAUGCCUGACAAACAAAUUUCUGGAAUGGUCGAUGAGACAUUGAGGCUUGCCACAGUGUUUUGUGAUAAUAAAUGGCCUGUUUUUGCUUUUCUAGAUUCUCAUCACCCUGAUAUCCCUGAGCAUCCCUAUCCUGCUCACUGUAUUGCAGGAACAGAUGAAUCAAAAUUGGUUCCUGCUCUGCAGUGGUUGGAAAAUGAACCAAAUGUAACUCGUAGAUGCAAGGAUUGCAUUGACGGGUUUCUCGGUUCUAUUGAGAAAGAUGGUUCUAAUGUGUUCGUAGAUUGGGUGAAAACCAACCAGAUCAAAGUUAUAUUGGUUGUAGGGAUAUGCACGGACAUCUGCGUCCUAGAUUUUGUCUGUUCUGCUCUCUCUGCGAGGAAUCGUGGUUUUCUCACCCCUCUGGAGGAUGUGAUUGUGUACUCCCAUGCCUGUGCUACUUUUGAUCUUCCAGCUCAUGUUGCCAGAAACAUCAAAGGCAUUGCUCAUCCACAGGAAGCAUAAGAGUCUCAUAUCGAGGAUUUUGGAAAGUUAGGAUGUGCAGAAUUUAACAAAUUGAACUAGGCAUGAGAUAAUAAAACAAAAAAGAAAUGGCAAGGUUCAAAUGAGUAAUUAGUCUUGUCAAAGAUGUCUUGUUCAUUUGAGCCUUCCUUGAAAGCCUCACUUGAUUCAUGUUGGAUGCUUAGUUGUAGGAAUAGCUAAUAGGGUGACAUUUUCGUUCGAGAACAGCAUUGCGGUUCAGAGCAAGAAUCUUGUUCAGUCGAGAUAGAAUCAUGCUUCCUACUAGAUAACAAAUAUUUAUCAUAGAUUUUGAAUUUCCUAUAUAGAAUUAAAGAAAUGUAAUUUUUUGAUAGAUCUUUCAGUUGAAGAUGUGUCCUAUUGGUUUGCUACCUUAUUGAGAA